AUGAUAAUCUGUAAUAUAUAUGGUGGAAUCAUAACGGCUGUUACCACUAAAGCAUGGCUUGUUAGUAGUGGCCUCGGUUAUGUUACAAAAACACCGUUAUUAGUUUCAUUAGUCCCAGUAUUCUUUUUUUCAAUUACACUAUUCAUGAUUUUGACUUACAUGGUUACCAAGAAAUAUGUUUUAUAUCUAAUCAAUUUGCUUCUUUCAAUUAUUGUAGCUUCAAUCGAAAUCCAUUACGCAUAUUAUUGGACUUUGAACACAAAUCCGUUCUUCCUCAGUUUAUAUCCAUCGUUUGAACUCCUCACUAAUAGCCCUCAAAUUGUUCCUUUACAAAAUAAUCUUAAAUGCUGCGGAUUUCGUACAGUUAAAGAGUUUAAAGAUGAUACAUGCGAUUCAUCACCAACUCAUGCAUGUUAUGUUGAGAUGUGCAAGAGACUUAGCUUAAAUUUAUCUGGAGGAGGUGUUUUCUUAAUUGCCCAUUUCAUAUCUCAUUUAUUUGUCUGUAUACUCUUUAGACAAAUACAAAUAGCAGAUCGAAAAUCACGUGGUUAUGGACAACUUGCACAAAUGUCCGCUUCUGACGAUGGCCAACAAAAAGAUCCAUAA